UCCAGAGACUAAGUACAGUGAAGCAAAAGAAAAACGAAAAGUAAGAGAUGAGAAUGAGAAACGCUUCACAUGCUUUCAUCUUCAUCAUCCUCAUAGCAAUCUGCACUUAUAUUUUCAAGAAAAUGAUCCGAUUGUUUCCGCAGUCUGCUAUACUAAACUACGUCGUUUGGGCAGCGGCGCAGCUAAAAUGCGGUUGGGAUUGCCUCCUUAUCCAAUCAUUCUGCCAGCCGCCGCCUUACAAAUUCAACCUCGACGGCGCCGGAAUGUUGCCGGAGCUCGGAGCUCGGGUUUUCGAGGGCGAAUUGGAGGCUGUAGAAUGCGCGGUUUGUUUGUGCAAGAUAGAGGGAGGAGAAGAAGUUAGAGACUUGAGGUGUAACCAUAUUUUCCACCGGGAUUGCUUGGAUAGAUGGCUCGCUACUGGCCGGAAUUCAUGUCCGCUCUGCCGGACUCAAGUCAAGUCAGCCGGCCGACGACUUUUCGACGAUCGCUAUCAAGAGGUUAUUGUGUUCGAUUUCUUGUCUGACCGUCAAGAUCGAUGCACAUGGUGGUUACGAUGAUUAAAAUGUUUAAAGCCCAAUGAUAUUUUUUUAGUGAAAGUUGGUAAAUAUGCCACUUCCAUAUCAUUGGAUGUUAUAGAGUAACUAAUUUAAUUAUUUUUUGUAAAUUAAUUCAAUUCAAUUGCAGUCCAUCGAAUCAAUCUGAUUCCUUCAU